AGUGGGGGAGUUGUGGCGAGGAGCGCGCCGUUACGUCACAAAGAAGCCGCGAGGUCGGUCACUCACUCACGCGUGCGCGAGCCCUCACUCACUCAUACCGGCGCGCGCCUGUUUCAUCUGCUCGUCCUCUCACGUGAACGCGCCCCCUGCCUGUUGGAAGGUGAGCGCGCGUGAGGAGAGAGAGAGAGAAGCGAAGUGAGCGCGAGGGCUCGAGACCGACUGGAUCAAUUCGGAUUUUUUUGGUUUUAAACCGAUAAAAAGUGAAGUAAAAGCUGCACCUGGGCUCGAGACCGAGGAGGAGAAGCUUCUAGAGAGCCGUUUACACCGAGAACAAGUCGGAAAUUCGACGCUGUUGAAGCGGGAUAGCGCCUGUGUGGAGUUUAAAUCCGUGAGGUCUUAAUCGGCUGACGCGGCGUUCCCUGAUGUGAGUUAAGGAAACAUGGAGUGACAUGCUGCAGAUUAGCUAGCGGAUUAGCUGUUGCUUUAGAGGACGUGUGCAGUGCAUGUUUUCUUUUUUUCCCCACUUUGUCCAUCUGAACAUCAAACAUGGCCGACCCGGGAAUGAUGAGUCUCUUCGGAGAUGAUGGGAAUUUAUUCUCGGAUGGUCUAGAAGGCUUGGGGGAUUGUGGGUACCCCACCCAAGGCCAAGCCAAUCCGAUGAACCAACAGAUGACGCACGAGCACCAAGCUUACAGCCAGAUUCCUUCUUCCCUCCACCUUCCCACUCCUGCUGUUCCCCCUCAGCCCAAAAUGGGACACCACUUUGACCAUUUCGGGCAGUAUGACCCUCAAGGAGGCCGGAUGAUGGCGAACGGUCCUGCCCCUGGCCCGGCUAACGGGAUUUCGUCUCCUCAUUCACGCUACCAUGGAGGGAACGGCACAGCUGGUGGGCAUCACGUCUACACAGGAGCACAGGGUGAUGGGAGAGGAGCAGGAGCAGGACAGUCGUUCCAGGACGGCGGAGGAGCCACACCCGGAAGUAACUGGGGUCCUCAAGGGAUGCAGAUGCCUGACCAAAAUCGAGCACAGUUUCCCCAGUCACAGCAGCAGCAAGUUCACGGUCACCAAAUGGGUCCUUACAUGGGACGCACUGAAUUUGGUGGAAUGCAGGGGCAUAGCCAGACUCCGACUCCGCCAAGGAUGAACCACUUUCCUCAAGGUUUGCCUCAGGAAGCGAACCGUUUCAUGGGACACAUGGGAACCAAUAUGGCGUCUCCGGCCAUGCGGCAUCCGUCUCAGACUCCGCAGCAUCAGCAGGCUGCUCAGCAGUUUCUGCAUCAUCACCCGGAGUUUCCCCAAAGUCCAUCAAAGCAGCAGCAGCAGCAGCAGCAGAUGAUGGGAGGACGAGGCCACCAGAACAUGGGCUUUAGUAUGAACAACCAGCAAGUCGCUAACAGCAGCUCAGGUCAAUACGCUCCUUAUCCUCAAUAUGGCGGCCUGAAUCAGGGAUUAGCCAACACUUCAGGGAUGAGCCUCAAUACCAGCAGUAACCCCAAUGCUCCUGUGCAGUGUUACCCCACCCCUGCAGGGCCACAGUGUUACCCAGUCAACCAGUUACCCCCUCAGAAUAUGCAUCCGACACAGCCCAAAAUGCCCCAGCAGCAGCCGCAGCAGCAACACCUCGCUCCUCCACCGACUCCUCAGGGAUCUUACGCUUCUCCGCCUUCCAUGUCACCCAUGAGGAGCCUGGGGGGCAACCCUGCUGGAACGCCGCCCCCUCAAAGGUGCCAGGGUCAGAUCUCGCACCCGCAGCAGCAUCCUCAGAUGUACGGCACCUUGUCGCCCAAUCAGAGAGCGAUGAGCGCGCCCAAUCACACAGAGGUUCUCCCACCGCAGCUGCAGACAUCUACGCUGCAGUUCCAGCAGGUGCAGCAGGUGAGAAGUCCACCUGCGCUGUCUGUGCCCCAGCAGCCCCCGGGCUCGUCUCCACCGCUCCCGCAGGGGAACUGGGCCUCCAGCACACACUCGUCACCACCAGCUAACCACCAAGUGCCUCACAUGCAGCAUUCUCCAUCAGACGCUUCCCAAACCCCGUCCUCCACCCACAUGCCCACCCCGAGCUCCACCCUGCAGCUGGGCAGCUGUGAGACUCAGCCUCCCGACAGCGAGCCCAAGCCCAAAAAGAAGAAGAAGAAGAAAGCGAAGGCUGGUGAGGAGGCGGCGGGGGUAAAGGACCAGGAUGUUGGCGUGGAUGUGGGUGGAGCAUUAGGAGGUUCAGGAGGUGAUGGAGAGACGUCUCCACCUGAGAAGAAGAGAAAAAAGAAACCAAAGGAGAAAGAGGCCAAGGAAACGAAAGAGCCCAAGACCCCCAAAACUCCCAAAACACCUAAAGCUCCCAAAACACCCAAAGAACCCAAAGAGGUGAAGGAGAAGAAAGUCAAGACGACCACGCCCAAACCCAAGAGCACCAAGAAGCCCAGUAAGAAGGCAGACACUGAGAGCAUCGUUAAGAAGGAGGGGAAGAGGAAGAGGGAAUCGUCCAUCACCUCAGAUACGGAGAAGACUCCGCCCCCUUCUCCAGAGGAGGAGGAUGAUGACGGGGUGCAGAAGCGGCGCUCCAGUCGACAGGUGAAGAGAAAGCGCUACACUGAAGAUCUGGAGUUCAGGAUCUCAGAUGAUGAGGAUGAUGAUGAUUCUGCAGGACCCAAAUCUCCUUCUACCACAUCGGAACAAACUGAGGUGCCUGAUACUGAAGGUCCCGUGGUGGAGAAGAUCAUGGGACUGCGUAAAGUUAAGAAGCAGGUGAGUUUAUAACUCGUCCUCUUUCUC